AUGACGGACACUGCGUCGAUUUUGCGCGACGUCCUCAGUACUAUUGCUGCUAAAGAGAAAUAUGAGAAUUGCGAUAUAAAAAUUAAACUAAUUAAUACUGAUGGUGCUAACUACUCAUCUCAUUUGUAUGAAGUAACAAUAUCUGCACCAAACAAACCUGACCUUGAACUGUUUGGAAAAGUUGUCACAAUAGCUGAAGAUGUGAGGGCCGCUUUAAACGUUCCAGUAUUUGAUACAGAGCAGUUUUUCUACACCAGUUUAUUAUAUGAAUAUAGAUUGUUAGAGGAGAAAUAUAAAAUACCAGAAAGGAACAGAUUUUUAACCGCGAAUUGUUACGGCUUUGAUAACGGAUAUUUAAGAGAGACUGUUGUUUUGGAGAAUUUAAGCAAAAAAAAUUUCAAGUCUUAUAAUAGAUUCGAAAGUGUCACUUGGGAAUAUGCUGCCGAAUGCAUAAAACAGAUGGCUUAUUUGCACGUUUUAUCUGUUGCCUUCGGACAAGAUAAUCCUGAAAAGAAAGAUGAUAUCUUCAAAACAAUUAAGUUUACGUUUCCAAAAUUUAUGUUCGAUAAAAUGGUUCAAAACGCUAUCGCCGUUGUCAAAGAAGAAUAUCGAGAAAAGUUUACCACUUUCUUAGAAGAAAAUUUGAAAACUGAAAAUUUCGAGAAGUUCUUCAAGCCAAAUCACCUUGCGGUGAUAGCGCAUGGUGACUUCAGACCGAGUAACUUGAUGCAUAGAAUACUUGAGGAUGGUGCAUUGGAGAUAGCGGUUGUAGAUUUUCAGACAUUACAAGUGUCCAACCCAAUCUUAGAUCUUCUGUAUUAUAUCAUUAAUGGUACGGAUGAGAAGUUUCGCCAAGAACACUAUCAAGAGCUCAUUCAGCACUAUUACAGUGAAUUUUGUAAUGCCAUACGAAGAUUUAAUUUAGAUCCAGACCUGAUCUAUCCAAAGCAAAACUUUGAGAAUGACCUAAAAGAGGUGCUGCCAUUUGGCCUACUUGUAUCCAUCGUCAGUCUCCCUUUCGUAACGGUCGACGUCGAAAACGCCCCAAAGAUUGACAGCGACUUAGAAACUAAUUUCUUCGGGAUAAAAACAAGCGAUUUGUUUGCAGAAAGGCUUAACGGCAUCAUCAGCGACUAUAUUAAAAUGGGGAUCUUGUAA